AUGGAGGAGGCUCUGGGACAGUUCUUCAUUUUUGUAGGGCUGCUGGUGUGCCUGAUUUGCCUGGUCAAGUGCAUGAAAUUCUCCCGAUGCAUUUUCCUGAGCUUCUGGAAAGUACGGUCAAGGUCAUUCUUGAAGUCAAUGGGCCAGUGGGCAGUGAUCACUGGAGCAGGUGAUGGCAUUGGGAAAGCAUAUUCAUUUGAGCUGGCAAAACAUGGACUCAACCUUGUGCUUAUCAGCCGGACGAUGGGAAAACUACAGAGCAUUGCCAGAGAGAUUGAGUGGACUACAAGAAGCAAGGUGAAGCUUAUACAAGCAGACUUUACCAAAGAUGACAUCUAUGAGUAUAUUAAAGAAAAACUUGAAGGUUUAGAAAUUGGCAUUUUAGGUAAGUAGAUUUUAAUAUGCAUAGUCUGUUGUAAUGUAUCAGAACUUCCAUACUACUUUCCAAAACACUAUUUAUGGACUCUCCCAGAGUCGCAGAAUCUCAUCCAUUGUAACAUCACCUCAGUAGUCAAGAUGACACAGAUAGUUCUGAAACACAUGGAAUCAAGGCAGAAAGGUCUCAUCUUGAACAUUUCUUCAGGGGUAGGCCUUUGCCCUUGGCCUCUCUACUCUCUCUACUCAGCUUCCAAGGCUUUUGUGUGCACAUUUUCGAAGGCUCUGCAGGUGGAAUAUAAAGAAAAGGGAAUCAUUAUCCAGGUGCUGACUCCAUAUGCUGUUUCAACCCCAAUGACAAAGUAUCUCAAUACCAACAUAAUAACCAAGAGUGCUGAUGACUUCGUUAAAGAAUCACUGAAUUAUGUCACGAUUGGAGAUGAAAUCUGUGGCUGCCUUGUGCAUGAGAUUUUGGCGGGCCUCCUGAACCUGAUUCCAUCCUGGGCCUUUUAUAGUGGCACCUUCCAGAGGAUGCUUCUGACGCACUACACACACUACUUGAAGAAAAAUACCAGCAGCAGCUAAUGCAACGCCAGCUGGCCUGGAACCCAUCCUCUUCUUUACCAAGAUCCUAGUGACUACCCGGACCAGAGGAGCAGGCCUACACCUUCAUCUGCCCAAAGCUGGAGAAGGCCUGUGUCAUGAACACAGCAUUUCAAAUACACAUUGUUUCCCACCAUACUCGUCUAGAGAUUUUUUUGAAAAGCUGUUGUGUAAAAAUAGGUGCUAUGCAAGCAGUUUUAAAGGCUUCAUGCAGGAGGGGAAGAGGGUAUCUA